AUGGCGUCGCUGCGAUUUCGCGCACCGCCAGCGCGGCGUAAGCUUUCUGUUUUCCGUCCAUCCAACGUCCCUCUCACCGCGUAUUUCGCGCUCGUGCUAGUUGUAGUGCUCCCCGCGGCGCUGACAACAAGCGCACAGCCUUGGCGGAAGCCUUCCGCCAACGGACAGGCGGGAACCCCCCGCGCAGCCGCAACCAUCCACAAGCUGACGGAACGGCUGCUGUACGCGGGAACGGGGAAGAUUGCGCCAUUGCGGAAAGGGCGCGCUGCGCCUGACGCUCACGCAGCGGAAACUUAUUUCUCCGCCGUUUCCCCCGACGAUAUCCACACUACCGCUGAAAGCGCAGCCGCUGCGGACUCCGCGGAGAUAUUGGCGGAGCUUCCGCCUGACGCUGCUCCGCUGGUCACCAGCGGGAAGGUCUCUCCGCGCCGAAGCCACGGCGCGUCCGCAAAUCGCCGCGGCGGCGGGGUAGCGCCUGGCGCGCGGCGCAGAAUGCCGCGGAAUCCCGAGUUGCGGCGGUUGUGGGCGAAAAAGGAGUCCGCGGAGAGGUUAUCGCAGCAAGGGGCGGUCGGGAGGCAUGGGGGACGCGGGAAAGACAGGGCGGCAGGGGCAGGGGCAGGGACUGCGGCGGCGGCGGUGGAGUUAAAAAAAGUGGUGGUGAGGAAGCCUGUGGUGGGUUUCCCUGGGAUCAACCAGAAGACGCUGAUUAACAGUGGCACGCCGCCCAGAUACAACCGCAGCAUGACCAAAGUCACACCUCCGGAUGUUGUCAUGUGUGUGGGGAACGGGUUUAUCCUCCAUACAGUCAACUCCGCUUUGGUGGUGUAUAACACCAAGGGGCAGCAACUGACAGCAAUCACGCCACACAACGAGGUGCGGUGGGUGGGGGGAGGAGGGGGAGCGUGGGAGAGCAAGGAGGGUCUUCAGCACACUGCCGCCCACCAGGCGGACUGGCUCGUUAGGGAUGCUCCCCACUCCCCCCCUUCCACUCCCCAUUUUUCCACUCUCCGCACCCCCUCCCCCUUUUUUCCACUCCCCGCCCCCUUCACAGGUCUUCAACACACUGCCGCCCACCAGGCGGACUGGCUCGUUAGGGAUGCUCCCCACUCCCCCCCUUCCACUCCCCAUUUUUCCACUCUCCGCACCCCCUCCCCCUUUUUUCCACUCCCCGCCCCCUUCACAGUUCUUCAACGCCCUGCCGCGCAACAUGGGGUCAUACGAGGGCGCGCCCAAGGGAGACGCCAUUGCACACCCUCCCUGCCUGCCUGUCUUUCCCUCCCCCUCCCUCCCUCCCUCCCUCCCUCCCUCCCUCAUCCCCUGCUGCGCCAUCCCACACCCUCCCUGUGCCAGUUCUUCAACGCCCUGCCGCGCAACAUGGGAUCAUACGAGGGCGCGCCCAAGGGAGACGCCAUUGCACACCCUCCCUGCCUGCCUGUCUUCUUUCCCUCCCCCUCCCUCCCUCAUCCCCUGCUGCGCCAUCCCACACCCUCCCUGUGCCAGUUCUUCAACGCCCUGCCGCGCAACAUGGGAUCAUACGAGGGCGCGCCCAAGGGAGACGCCAUUGGCGACAUGACGUGCACGUAUGACCACCGCUCCCGGCGCUUCUACCUCGCUACCUACUGGACUUCGUGCGGCGACAAGAACGCGUAUGACAGGUUUGGGCAGACAAGAUAUAUAGCUUUGAGACGCCCCCUCUCCCCACCCCCCCCCCCCUCACCCCUCCCUCCCUCACUCCUCCUCACCCCCCUCUUCCAGUCGGGCGGGGAGAAAAACGCGUACGACAGGUUUGGGCAGACGAGGUAUCGAGCGGACGGGACAACAGUGGGGACUGGACUGCUGGUUGCUGCCUCCACCACUCCCGACCCCACCAAACCGUGGAAUCUCUUCUUCAUCCCUGCAUCGUGA